GAAUCCAAGGCUAAUGAUUUAUCAAACUCUUAUUAUCAAGAAAAUGUCAGGCGAAGGGCACCUUGCUAUGCACUGACGCAAACCCAAUCUUUCCCACGGAGGUAUAGAAAGCUUUGCUCUUACCAGAACUAAAUCCAGUCUUAUCUAUUGCCUUUCUGGCUCUUUUCCUGCCUUUCCUCUUUCUGUUUGCUCGGGAAAAAAUGGACUUUUCUGAACAGAGGGAAAUGACCAAACAAACCGUUAUCAGCCCAGCAAGUUUCACUUGUGGAAGUCAGUGUGAAGGCGCGGUGGGAGUUACAAUUAAAAAAACGGAACAAGACCAAAACCUACCUUCCGACGUCCUGACACAGCAGCAGCCACAACCUCCCAGGGUUUCUACAUCUCCGUCUAUAGAGAGAAAAACUUUUUCGCAACCAGAAGCCAAACUAGGUGAAGCUGAAGCGACCAGAAUAGCUGGGACGAUAAAGAAUUCCCGUCCAGUACAAGACACUUCUGCCACACUCAAGGAUACUUUUGAGCACACAGUCCAAAAGGAUGCUUCUACAGCUGUACACAGCAAAUUGAUGUCUUCCCAAUGCACUGAAGCUGUAGCUAAUCAAACUCUAAAUAAAAGCACAAUGGAGCAAAAUAAUGCCACAGGCAACUGGACAACCAUGAGCUCGACGACUGUGGUAUUGGGCACAGAUGGCAACACGUCUGUUAUGCCUGGCACUGUCGCUGGGGAGGAGGAUGAAGAAGAGGGAGAUGAAAAUAAAGCCAGAGGAAAUUGGUCAAAUAAGAUGGAUUUCAUCUUGUCUAUGGUUGGGUACGCCGUAGGUUUGGGAAAUGUGUGGAGAUUUCCUUACCUGGCAUUUCAGAACGGAGGAGGUGCGUUUUUAAUCCCUUACUUGAUCAUGCUGGCUCUUGCUGGAAUUCCCAUUUUCUUCUUGGAGGUAUCUUUAGGGCAGUUUGCUAGUCAGGGACCCGUGUCCGUUUGGAAAGCCAUUCCUGCGCUUCAAGGAUGCGGAAUUGCCAUGCUCAUCAUCUCCGUCUUAAUAGCCAUAUACUACAAUAUUAUAAUGUGCUGGACCUUGUAUUAUCUCUUUGCUUCCUUGAGGUCCACACUGCCCUGGGCCGAGUGUGGAAAUCCGUGGAACACACAGGAUUGCAAAGACAGGCGCAUGCUUUUAUUAGAUUCCUGUCUUUUGCGAGAUAAAAACAUUACUUCUGUGAGGAACACCACUUUUUGUAUGUCUGCCAAUGCCGCCGGUAAUCUGACCAAGCUCGCCUCCGUUACCUCUGGAAAUAAAACUUACGUCAGUCCCAGCGAAGAAUAUUUCAAAUACAAUGUGCUGCAUAUCUCCAAAGGAAUUGAAUAUCCAGGUGACAUCAGGUGGCCAUUAGUGCUGUGUCUGUUUUUGGCAUGGGUUAUUGUCUAUGCAUCCCUGGCAAAGGGAAUUAAAUCUUCAGGGAAAGUUGUGUAUUUCACUGCUACAUUCCCCUACGUGGUGCUGAUUAUUCUAUUAAUCAGAGGAGUUACUCUUCCUGGAGCGGGCGAUGGGAUUUUGUAUUUUAUUACACCAAAAUGGGAGAAACUUAAUGAUGCAAAGGUGUGGAAGGAUGCGGCGACUCAAAUUUUCUUCUCCCUGUCUGCAGCCUGGGGUGGACUAAUUACCUUGUCGUCAUACAACAAAUUCCGCAAUAACUGUUACAGGGAUACACUGAUAGUCACGUGUACAAACAGUGCCACAAGCAUCUUUGCUGGCUUUGUCAUCUUCUCUGUCAUUGGAUUUAUGGCACAUGAGCUGAAAGUGCCCAUUGAUGAAGUGGCAGAUGAAGGUCCAGGCAUUGCAUUUGUGGUUUACCCUGAAGCCUUGACCAGGCUCAAACCAUCUCCAUUUUGGGCGAUUAUUUUCUUCCUGAUGUUGUUAACAUUGGGUCUGGAUACAAUGUUUGCCACAAUUGAGACAAUUGUAACGUCAGUUGCUGAUGAGUUUCCCAAGUAUCUACGGACCCAUAAAACCGUGUUCACCCUGGUCUGCUGCAUCUCCUUCUUCAUCCUUGGAUUUCCCAUGAUAACUGAGAGUGGAAUGUAUAUGUUACAGCUUGUGGACACCUACGCAGCUUCAUAUUCACUAGUCAUCAUUGCAAUUUUUGAACUGGUUGGAAUUUCAUAUGUAUAUGGCUUGCAAAGAUUUUGUGAAGAUAUUGAAAUGAUGAUUGGAUUCCAACCAAACAAGUUCUGGAGAAUCUGCUGGGCUUUUGUCACCCCGACCAUCCUAACAUUUAUCCUUUGCCUGAGUUUCUAUCAAUGGAAGGUCAUGACCUAUGAGGACUACACCUAUCCUACUUGGUCAAUGGUACUCGGAUGGCUGAUGGUUGUGUGUUCUGUCAUUUGGAUUCCUAUUAUGUUCGUGAUUAAAAUGCAUCUGGCUCCUGGCAGUUUCAUCGAGAGGCUUAAGCUGGUCUGCUCCCCUCAACCAGACUGGGGUCCAUUUUUGUUAAAGCACCGUGGUGAGCGCUACAAGAACAUGAUCGACCCUCUGGGAACCAGCUCUCUUGGUCUCAAACUACCCCCGAAGGACUUUGAGUUAGGAUCUCAGUUUUAGAAGUCACCCGCAAAUGGGAAAAGAACAUGGCAGUACCAAUGAUAUGCUUUGAAUUGUGACUCAAACUUCUUUUCAGUUAGAAUUGGUUGCGUUUCUCUAGAAUCCAUGAAAUCCACUUGGUAUUGGCUGCAGAUUAUAUGCAGGCUGUCUUUACUUAAAUCAUUCAUCUGGCAAGUAUGUGUGUAGGACCGGAAAAUGAUUUGAGACUAAAGCCAUAAUAUAAUUUUAAUUAAUGUUUCACCUGUAAACCUGAGAUGUAUCACGUAUUUCAAAAUACAGGCUUUUAGUUUUUUAGGACAGUUUGCUUGAAUGUUAUUUUUUCUAAAGUAAUAUGUGCUGAAUAGUUUGAGAUUCCAAUCCCCUACACCCUUAAUAAUCAUAGCUUCAUAAUACUCUGUAACCAGUCAAAUGCACGAUUUGUGGAUUCGUCAUAGUUUACACUGUAGACGUCACACUUCUACAGGUAUAGGUAAUAGUUUUUAAAAUGUUGUGCUACACGUGAGUAACAUCACUGUCCACCUCCAUCCAAUUGAAUUGUUUUCCUUUACAGCAAUGAAGCUUUUUAAUUCACCAUUACUACACUUCCUAGUACAUAUUAAGUAUAGUCAAUGUUAUGUACGCCAAUCUCUGUAUUCUGAUUGUAGAUUCUUUUUCUGCUAUGCUCAUUUUUUGUGGCAUUUAUAUUUAUGUUUAAGAUUAAGAUACUCCUGCGGUUGUAUAGGCCUGUGUUGUUGAAUUUAGAUGUAAUUUUGUCUGUUUGCUAAAGAGAUGAAAUAUUGUAAUCAUCUUUUAGAACUGUGCACAGUCUGAGCAAACUUACUAACCCACUGUCUGUCUCCCUCUCAUACAAUCAGAACAAAUUCUCUCUUUCUUUCUCUAUAUACUGUAUAUAUAUAUAUAUAUAUGUAAGUGUAUAUAUACAGUAUGUGUAUAUGGGCAGGAUAAGGAUGCACACAUAUACAUGUUUAAUAGGAUGAUAUAUGUAUGAUUGUUGAUAAAUACAGUCAAAGAACCAGAUUACUUUAUUUGUAAAAGAAUUCCAUCUAUUUUAAUGAGAAUGUAUGCCUUAUAGCGCUUUGUAUGUAAGCCUAUGUAAACAGGCGCCAAUAUGUUAUUGGGGGCUUUACUUUUACACUUUCAUACAGGUAAUUUUAAAGGCAAUUAAAAGAGACUCUGACAGAUAAAAUUAGCAAAACAGCUACUGUAACUUGUACAAAUUUACACUUUUUAAAAGGUGAUUAGUGUUCAUGUAGUGUGUGUUAGUGUUGUCAUGUCCCUAUGAGUAUUAGUAUGAAAAUGUAGAUGAGACUAGAAUUAUUUAGCAAAUACACUUUCUUACUCUAAUUGAGCCUGGAAUUCUCUAGUUAACUUCUGGGGACUGUUCCUCCAUCACUUAAUCCAUUUGUCUUCAUGCUACAGGGUCUCAGGUAAACCUAAGUUCAUUAAAGUGUUUUUAAUAAAUGUAGCGAAAUUAUCAUGAAUGCAGCUGAAUAAUAAUAAUAAUAAUAAUAAUACAUUUUGGUGGUAAAGCAGCCUUUUUUUCUAACUUUUUUUU